AUUGGCCAGCAAGGACAGUUGCAAAUUGUCACUGUCUCCCUUCUCCUUUAAAUCUUGAAGAAUUGUAUGUGACUAAUACCAUGUUUGACAUUCAAUAUUCCAUAUGCAAGUACAGCUAUUCCUUUUGUCAGCCUAAUCGCAUCAAAGUAAUAGAUUUCACAGGCACUUCUAUCGGGGGAUGGGGGCAACUGGAAGGAUUAAAGGACAUAAUGUAUUUAAGUCUACAGAACACAAAUACAACAAUACUCAAUAUUGAAGCCUUUAACUGCAAGCACUGGCCAAAAAUACAAACGUUACUUCUCGGAAAUCUUGACCUUAGACCUACAAU